AUGUCCACCACGAUUCUGAUCAACAAGCGUGCAGUGGCGGUUCAGCGUAUGCGCUGUUCACACGCGAAUCCGAGUCUGGCGAGCGUACGACGCUUUCACCAGGACGUGUUGCCUGGAUAUACAUCGACCGGACUGCAUACGCUGUCGCUCGACUCAUCGUUCAGCGGCACGUGUGCCGACCGAUUUCGAGGCCAAGUGUAUCUCAAGGACGAGUCGGAUCGAUACGGUCUACCGGCGUUCAAAGUUCUCGGCGCGGCAUACGCGAGUUUCAUCGCUCUCUGCACCAGAUGGAGUCUCGACCAAGCUGACACAACGCUGCACAAAUUGCAGCAACAUCAUACCAAGAUGGGCAGAACCGUGGUCCUGGUCGCAGCUACAGAUGGUAAUCACGGUCGUGCACUUGGGUUUUUCGCGGACGCGAUCGGCGUGCAAGCCAAGAUCUUCAUCCCCAAAGGCGUUUCACCAGCAGCAGAAAGGUCGAUUAGCAAACAAGGCAACGCAGUAGACGUGGUGAGGUUGGACGACGACUACGAUGCGUGCGUGCAACAUGCUGCCAGAUUCGCCGAGCACGACACCGACCGAGAGGAAAGAGUCUUGAUCCAAGACACAGCUUGGCAGGGAUACACUUGCAUUCCACAGCUCAUCGUCGAUGGGUAUCAGACGAUUUUCAACGAGCUCCAAGAGCAGCUCCCGGGACCAGCCACGCACGUCAUCUGUCCUGUCGGAGUAGGCUCUCUGGCACAAUCUGCUGUCCAGUUCUACACUUCAGAUCACCAAGAAUCAACGUCAGUGCCCCAAAGUAUGACGGCCAGCAUCAUCGCCGUGGAACCGGUGACUGCCGGCUGCCUAGCAACCUCGAUCAUGCAGAACAAAUUGACGAGUAUCGAGACGGGCGAGACCAUCAUGGCCGGCCUUAAUUGCGGUACGCCGUCGUUGACUGCUUGGCCAUGGCUGCGAGCCGGCAUCCAAGGCGUCAUCACAAUCCCAGACCAAGCCGCGCUGGAUGCGGCAGAGCGGCUCAAAGUGUCGAACGCUGCGAUCGUAGCCGGUCCGUGCGGAGCUGCCCCUCUUGCGGCUCUGAAAGCGCUGCUCGACGAUGUGGACAAAGCUGAGCAGCUCGGAUUACUGGAUGACGACCAGGUCAAAGUGGUGCUGCUCAUGACCGAGGGCGAUAUAUCUUUGUAG